GGCCGAGGAGGGCUGGGCACCCUCUUCAUCUGGGCGUCGGGCAACGGCGGCCAGCACUAUGACAACUGCAACUGUGACGGCUACACCAACAGCAUCCACACGCUCUCGGUGGGCAGCACCACCCAGCAGGGCCGCGUGCCCUGGUACAGCGAGGCCUGCGCCUCCACGCUCACCACUACCUACAGCAGCGGCGAUGCUGCCGACCCCCAAAUCGUCACCACAGACCUGCACCACCGGUGCACGGACAAGCACACGGGCACCUCGGCCUCUGCCCCGCUGGCUGCGGGCAUGAUCGCCCUGGCUCUGGAGGCCAACCCGUUCUUGACGUGGAGGGACAUGCAGCAUCUGGUGGUCCGGGCGUCCAGGCCAGCGCAGCUCCAGGCCGAGGACUGGAGGACCAACGGUGUGGGGCGCCAAGUGAGCCACCACUAUGGCUACGGGCUGCUGGACGCCGGGCUGCUGGUGGACUUGGCUCGCUCAUGGCUGCCCACACAGCCCCAGAAGAAAUGCAUCAUCCGCAUCGUGCACAGCCCCACGCCAGCAGGAGGGGCCCUCGCCUCGCGCGCCGCAGCCCCCAGCCCCAUCCUGCGGGUGAUGCAUGUGAGGAAGAACGUGUCAGCCUGCGUCGGCCACGCCAACUACAUCCGCUCGCUGGAGCACGUGCAGGUGCAGCUGUCCCUGUCCUACAGCCGCCGUGGGGACUUGGAGAUCUCACUCACCAGCCCCAUGGGCACCCGCUCCACCCUUGUGGCCAUCAGACCCUUUGACAUCAGUGGCCAAGGCUACAACAACUGGAUCUUCAUGUCCACCCACUUCUGGGACGAGGACCCGCGCGGCUUGUGGACCCUGGUCCUGGAGAACAAGGGCUACUAUUUCAACACAGGGACGCUGUACCGCUACACGCUGCUGCUCUAUGGGACGGCCGAGGACAUGACGGCGCGGCCCUCGGGCCCCCAGGUGACCAGCAGCGCGUGUGUGCAGCGGGACACAGAGGGGCCGUGCCAGGAAUGCCAGAGCCCCGCCUACAUCCUGGGCCACCUCUGCCUCGCCUACUGCCCACCGAGGUACUUCAACCACACCCAGCAGGCGGUGACGGCUGAACCUGGGUGCCCAGCCGCGCCUGCCCUGCGGGUCUGCUGCAGCUACCACUUGUCCUGCUACACCUGCCGCGGUAGCUCCCCGCUGGACUGUACCGCUUGCCCCCCGCCAUCCACGCUGGACGCGCAGCGGGGCUCCUGCUCGGGACCCGAGCCCCCUGAGGGCCCCCCCCAGCCCACCGCGACCGCCUGCCCCUGCCACCGCGGCCCGGCCCGGGCCGUGGUGCUGGCCCUGCUGGCCGUGGCCUUCGGGAGCCCCCUCCUCUGCCGCGUCCUCCUUGUAGGCUGCCCGCCACCAUGGGUGGGACCCCCCGGAGCGGGGCGCCACUCUCACCACUCCAGACCCCGCUGCAAGCUGGAACCCGGAACUGGUUGACAAGGACAGCCAGCGUGCGCCUCCACCCAGGUCCCUGGUGGGCACC